UGCGCAGGCGGGGGAGGGCGCGUGCCCAGCCCGGCCUUCUGCGCCCGCUGGGGGCAAAGGGCAGCAGUGUGCGUCUGAAAGCGGGGCGCUCGCGGACUCUGGCCAUGGCGGGAGCUGAGUGGGAGUCGCUGGAGCAGUGCUUGGAGAAGCACAUUCCGCCCGCAGAGUUGCGAGAAGUGAAGCGCAUUCUCUAUGGAAAGGAGACCAGGAAGCUUGAUCUGCCCAGCAGAGCUUUCGAAGCUGCUUCCAGGGAAGAGUUUGAACUGCAGGGAUAUGCUUUUGAGGCAGCCGAGGAGCAGCUGAGACCACCCCGCAUUGUGCGUGUGGGGCUAGUUCAGAACAGAACACCCCUCCCCACGGAUGCCCCAGUGGCAGAACAGGUCACUGCCCUUCACAAAUGCAUAGAGGCCAUUGUAGAGGUGGCAGCAGUGUGCGGAGUCAACAUCAUCUGUUUCCAGGAAGCAUGGACUAUGCCCUUUGCCUUCUGUACGAGAGAGAAGCUUCCUUGGACAGAAUUUGCCGAGUCAGCAGAGGACGGGCCCACCACCAGAUUCUGUCAGAAGCUGGCAAAGAAGCAUGACAUGGUGGUGGUGUCCCCCAUCCUAGAACGAGAUGGAGAGCAUGGGGACAUUCUAUGGAACACAGCUGUGGUGAUCUCCAAUUCUGGAGCAGUCCUAGGAAAGACCAGGAAGAACCAUAUUCCCAGAGUGGGAGACUUCAACGAGUCAACUUACUACAUGGAGGGGAACCUGGGCCACCCUGUGUUCCAGACGCCAUUCGGAAGGAUUGCUGUGAACAUUUGCUACGGGCGGCACCACCCCCUCAACUGGCUCAUGUACAGCAUCAAUGGGGCUGAGAUCAUCUUCAACCCCUCGGCCACCAUCGGAGCACUCAGUGAGUCCCUGUGGCCCAUUGAGGCCAGAAAUGCAGCCAUUGCCAAUCACUGCUUCACCUGUGCUAUCAACCGUGUGGGCGUGGAGCACUUCCCGAAUGAGUUUACAUCUGGAGACAGGAAGAAAGCACACCGUGACUUUGGCUACUUUUAUGGCUCAAGCUACGUGGCCGCCCCUGAUGGUAGCCGGACCCCAGGGCUGUCCCGUAGCCGGAAUGGGCUACUGGUUGCCGAGCUCAACCUCAACCUCUGCCGGCAGAUGAAUGAUAUCUGGAACUUCAAGAUGACGGGCAGGUAUGAGAUGUACGCACAGGAGCUUGCUGAAGCUGUCAAACCCAACUACAGCCCAACCAUCCUGAAAGAGUAGCUGUCUUCAGCUCCCACCUGCCUUGGGGUAGAGGAUACCUCUGCCCCCAGUGGAUUAGGAAGCAUGGCAGGUUUACCAUGUCCAAGUUGUAACUGAUAAGUCAUUGUCCAGAUUGGUUUGAAAAUGCCCUGUGCAUGGGGAAGGUGGAGUAGGGGGUGACUGCUUAAUGGGUACAAGGUGUCCUUCAAGGAUAUUGGAAAUGUUUGGGACUACAUAAAAAUGAUAAACAUUUUGAAUGUACUAACUGCCA